AUGAAGCUGCGUAGCCGCUCUAAACCAAAACAGGAUGAUACGCCGUCGACGGCCUCGACCGAAUCACCCCCAUUGGAGGACCAGCGGCACCAGAAGUCCAAGUCCAAAAUAUGGCGCCUGUUCGAUAUGACCAGAAGCCCCAUCUUUACGAAGAGCACGAUGGCACGAUUCCCCGGGGACGAGAGUGCGUCAAAAACCUGUGAUAAGUCGGUCGCCACUUCGGUCUACGAGGGUGGGGUAGGUUUCUAA